AUGGAAUACCCAGUACUAAUUAUUGGCAAUGGCCCCUCGGGCGCAACUACGGCGUUGUUACUGGCUCGUCUCGGGGUGAAAUCACUCGCGAUUUCGAGACACAGGAGCACUGCAAAUACACCAAGGGCCCAUAUCUUCAAUCAAAGAGCAAUGGAGGUCCUGCGGGAUGCGGGUCUAGAACAAAGAUUGAACACCGUGGCCAGCCCAGCAAGUGAUAUGCAGCAUACAUCAUGGUUGAAUUCACUGGCCGGACAAGAAUAUGGUCGUCUCUGGGCAUGGGGCAACAAACCUUCGCAAAAAGGCGCCUAUGAGGCAGCAAGUCCUUGCUAUAUGUCCGAUCUUCCCCAGAGCUAUCUGGAGCCUGUGCUUGUCGAUGAAGCCACAAAAGCUGGCGCUGAAUUCCUGUUCUCGACCGAGUUUGUCUCCUUUCGGGAGGUAGAUGACGGUGUGGAAACGACACUACGAGAUCGAACGACCGACCGAGAGUUUAAAGUACGUUCCAGAUACCUCAUAGGAGCGGACGGCGCCCGAAGCAUGGUAUUGCAAGCGUUGGAGAUUCCUGUGAUUGGUCGUCAGCUCAACACUGCAUUCAACAUCCAUAUCAAGGCAGAUCUCUCUAAAUACAUUGAAAACCGACCAGGAAGCCUCAACUGGAUCCUCAACACAGAGGCUCCUGAAUGGUCUGCAGUAGGGAAUUUCCGUAUGGUGAGGCCAUGGAACGAAUGGGUAGUGUCGAUGCAUCCGGCAACAAAAGAUGGAAAGAGCGCUCAACCAACUAACGAGGCUAUUCUGAAACGUCUAUACCAAAUGAUUGGAGAUGAGACGAUCGACAUCGAAAUUUUGUCUUCCUUUUCAUGGACCAUCAAUGAUCAGGUUGCGGAAACAUGGCAGAAAGGACGCGUCUUUUGCAUAGGAGACGCAACUCACCGUCAUCCGCCCAUCAAUGGUCUUGGUAGCAACACAUGUAUAUCAGAUGCAUUCAAUCUCGCAUGGAAACUAGGCUAUGUCAUUCGAGGUUGGGCGUCUGCGUCAAUCCUUGACACUCUUACCCUUGAAAGGAAACCAGUUGGCGAUGCUGUCGUGCGCCGUGCGAACGAUGGGAUGGAAGCUCAUCGGCGUCUGUGGUCAAUUAUCGGAUUAAACUCACAGUCACGACAAAUCGCCACCGAUAAGCUCAAGGAAGUGUCAGCCGAGGGUGACAACAUGCGCAAAAUGUUUCGAGAUGCUCUUCAGGCCACUGAGGACGAGGUGCAGGCUCUGGGUAUACAAAUGAAUCAGGUCUAUCCGCUCACACAGCUCACGCUGCCGGAGAGCGACGAUCAAACACCUAAUUUUGAGGGACUCAACCAACUCAGAGAGGUGAUGGUCAGCACAUACCCUGGUUAUCACUUGCCUCAUGUUUGGAUCGCUGCCAAUGGCCAAUCACCACGAAUUUCAACUCUUGAUCUUUGCGGCAAAGGCCACUUCACACUACUCACCGGUACUGGAGGAGAUGCUUGGGUUACUGCUGCAGAAGAAGUUUCCAGCAAGCUUGGAGGAGUUCAGAUUCGCGGGUUCAGGAUCGGCUUUGGAGGUGAGUACAUGGACUGCUAUCAGGAGUGGCACAAAGUGCGCGAGGUGGAGGAACAAGGUGCGAUUCUGGUACGGCCCGACCACUUUGUAGCCUGGCGAUCGCACAGGAUGAUAGAAGAUCCGACAGUAAGACUGAUGUCAGUCAUGCAGAGUAUUCUUCAUGGCGAUGCACAGGUCCCCAAGAUAGUAUGA